UUGCUGAAAAGUCUCGCAUUUUUCACAAUGAAAAAUUAGUUUAAGUCAAAAUUCCGAAAAAAAUAACGAAGAAAUGUGAAAAUUCCAAACUUGCUAAAACGAAAUUUAUCAGUUCCAUUGUAUCGCGUGUGUCGUGUGCCUGGUGUGCAAUUUAAUAUUAUUAAUUAUUUAUUAUCAUAGAAAUAAUCAUUGUUAGAGGAUAUAGACGAAAUUUAAUAUAAGGCAUGAAUGAAUCCAUUGAUAAAUAUCAACUUCUUACGUCGUCGAUCGCGACAUCAAGUGGCUUUUGCGAUGAUAUUGCCCCAAGUAAUAUCGAUGAGGAUGUCCUUAAUUAUUUGUCAACAUUAUCACCUAAUCAACAAAGACUGUUAGAUGAUUUCGUAUCAUUCAAUGACCAUCCAAGUCUCAACUUACAGACUCAAUCGACAUUAUCAUCAAUAUAUGAAACACAGUCACAAAUACAACAGCCGCCUGCUGUUUUAACAUUUGCAUAUGGCAAUAGCGUUGGCGCAAAUAACUAUUUUGGACGUCCCAUGUCAAUGUAUGAGCCAUACGUGAGACAAAUCGAUCAAGAGUUUAGUUCUCUUCCACCUGAUCUAGUCAGCAGUACGGAUCCAAAUUCGUGCAUUGAAAUCGAUCCAGUUUAUCAUCAAAAAUUCUGUUACGAGGCUGAAGAUGCUGAAUAUAUUGAGACAUUAAAUGAGAUGCGCGAGAAUCUCGAGUCGGAGACAAAUGAUCGACAUCAAGUGACAUGUGUAGCUGAUGUUCAUCACGAUAAUAACAAUUUAUAUGCUACUGUUCAGAAGCCAAAAAAGCAUCAAAGUUUGAUGAUGAUAACAUCAAGUGAAAGUACAAGUGCUCCACUCGAGAAAUUUCCAAAAAUCAUGACUGAAUCAUGCUAUGGACAAUUGAAUAAUCCAAUUGAAUAUAAUGUAUGGAAUAACUAUGAACAAGACUUGAUAGAAGAGGAUGGAAGCAAUCAUCAAAUCAUUUCCUCCCUCAUGACAACAACGACGACAGAUUCGUCGAUAAUUGAUGGCAUUUCCUCUAUAAAUAGCUCCAUAUAUGAACAAAUACCUUCAAUGACUUCAUCGAUUGAAACAGCAAUGACAACAGCAACUACGCGCCAACGCAAAAUUGUCAAAUGGUGGGAUGAUCAUAUCGAACAUACGGAAGAAAGCUUACAGAAUCUACACGAGACGGCUGAAGAGGCUCACUUGAGUGAGUUCUAG